AUGGAGAACGAGCCGACUCGAGUUAUGGUUGCGGUGAACGAGUCGACGAUCAAAGGCUAUCCACACGCGUCGAUAAGCAGCAAAAAAGCGUUCGAGUGGACACUGAAGAAGAUCGUUCGGUCUAAUACCUCUGGAUUCAAGUUGCUCUUGCUCCACGCACAAGUUCAAGACGAAGACGGUUUUGAUGACAUGGACAGCAUUUAUGCCUCUCCUGAUGAUUUCCGUCAAAUGAGAGAGCGUAACAAGGCAAAGGGACUUCACCUACUUGAGUUUUUCGUUAAAAAAUGUCAUGAGAUUGGGGUUGGGUGCGAGGCCUGGAUCAGGAAAGGUGAUCCAACGGAAGUGAUUUGUCAUGAAGUGAGGCGGGUUAGGCCAGAUUUUCUGGUUGUGGGAAGUCGUGGUCUCGGCCCAUUCCAAAAGGUAUUUGUUGGAACUGUGAGUGAAUUUUGUGUGAAGCAUGCAGAAUGCCCAGUCAUCAUAAUCAAACGCACUGCUGAAGAAUCCCCACAAGAUCCAGCUGAUGACUAA